AAUAUGAUGGGUUCCUUAUUCCUCUCAAAUGCGUGUCCUAGAAGUUCCACAAGUCUAACCAAGACGUAUACACAAUGAUACACAAUAAUAAUUCAUUUUCCAAACGUUGAUGGUAUUUGAGUAAUUUCAAAUCUCUACAGAAAAAUAUUUCUCUUUCCCUAUAUAUAUCCGAUACCAUCUCAUUGCACUUUCAACCUCAAACAAAUAACCAAUCAACCAAAAAAAAAAAAAAAAUGAAGAAACUUCUUUUGAUAUUUCUCUUUUCUCUUGUCAUUCUCCAAACUGCUUGUGGAUUCGAUUACGACGACAAGGAAAUAGAAAGCGAAGAGGGCUUAUCAACGCUUUAUGAUAGAUGGAGGAGCCACCACUCCGUUCCUAGGAGUCUAAAUGAAAGGGAGAAGAGAUUCAACGUUUUCAGACACAAUGUCAUGCAUGUCCACAAUACCAACAAGAAGAACCGAUCCUACAAACUUAAGCUCAACAAGUUUGCAGAUUUAACAAUUAAUGAGUUCAAGAAUGCAUACACCGGUUCCAACAUCAAGCAUCACAGAAUGUUGCAAGGACCAAAACGCGGCUCAAAACAGUUCAUGUAUGAUCAUGAGAAUUUAUCCAAAUUACCGUCCUCCGUUGAUUGGAGAAAGAAAGGUGCUGUCACUGAAAUCAAGAAUCAAGGAAAAUGUGGAAGUUGUUGGGCAUUCUCUACCGUAGCAGCUGUUGAGGGAAUCAACAAGAUCAAGACUAACAAACUGGUCUCACUGUCUGAACAAGAACUAGUGGAUUGUGAUACUAAGCAGAAUGAAGGUUGUAACGGAGGUCUUAUGGAGAUUGCAUUUGAAUUCAUCAAGAAGAACGGUGGUAUCACCACUGAAGAUAGCUAUCCUUAUGAAGGUAUCGAUGGAAAAUGCGACGCUUCAAAGGAUAACGGCGUGCUUGUGACGAUAGAUGGGCAUGAAGAUGUACCCGAAAACGACGAAAAUGCUCUUCUUAAGGCUGUUGCAAACCAACCUGUAUCUGUUGCAAUUGAUGCUGGAAGUUCAGAUUUCCAGUUUUAUUCAGAGGGAGUGUUUACGGGAUCUUGUGGAACAGAGCUGAACCAUGGUGUGGCAGCGGUCGGGUAUGGAUCUGAGAGGGGGAAAAAGUAUUGGAUAGUGAGAAACUCAUGGGGAGCUGAAUGGGGAGAGGGAGGCUAUAUAAAGAUUGAAAGAGAGAUUGAUGAACCGGAAGGGCGUUGCGGUAUUGCGAUGGAGGCAUCGUAUCCGAUCAAGCUAUCGUCGUCUAAUCCUACCCCGAAAGACGGUGAUGUCAAAGAUGAGCUCUAGAUAUGUGUACACAUUGUGUAAAACCAUAUCAAAGGUGAUCCCAAUUCCUUGUUGAUUCAUGUUGUUAGUUUCGUCUUCAUGAUUUGAUUUUGUUGUUGGUUUUGAAUUUGAAUAAAAAUGUCUCGUGUUUUCUCAAUCCUUUGUUUAUUAAUUAUGUACAAGAGAGCAAUAAGACACUUUUGGCGAAUAAGUUUUCAUUUAACACUACAGCGUUUGUGUUUUAGACGCACCAAACGCAAUAGUUUGAGUAUUACACUAUUACUAUCGAGAUGUGAGG